AUGUCACUUGCCUCGAGAUACAACGCCGCCUCGCCGAAGGCUGAGCCGUCAGAUGGGCGCAAGCAAACGGCUGGGAUUCAGACCACGCCGCUUGGUUUCGAGGAAGCGGGCGGCCGGCCGGCUAUUGUUGGACGGAGGGUUUUGCGCUCCCUUCACAGCGCUCCACCGGGCUCAGCCCGGGAUAUCAGGAUCGGAACCAGAACCAGACGACAACGACGGUGCUCCUGCGCGGAUAUCAAUUCGGGCAAGGCUGACGUGGGGCUUCUUCGAGGAGGGAAUGCAGAUACGCAGGAAGAGGAGCGAAUAGCGAAUGGCGAGGGCAGAAGGGCCGGAGGGCUCUUGGACUGUGUUAUUAUUACGAGUCUACGUCCUGCAAAGCGUCUACUUCGUCAGUUCGUACAGGCCGAGGUGCACUCUGCACAGCACUACAGACUUGUUAUUAUGGCGAAGGACAGAGGAUGGGGCCGGAAGAAGCAUCGAGGCCAGAACUCCGUUUUUGUGCGGACCCUCGCACUCAAACCCACACGGUGCGGGACACCACUAGAAGACAUCGCUACGAGUAAGACACCGCUAGAAGGCAUCGCUAGAAGGAGGCGUCGAUUCAAUUCAGGGAACAAGCCUGUUCUUGUCAGGUUGUCGGUGUUGUCACCAGUUGCAACUUUGUCGGGCCACAGUGACCAGCAUCUCCACCAAAUUAUUGAUGCUCCACCACCACCACCACCACCGCUGGACAGGAGGAGUGGACGUCCCCGAUUCCCCGGGGACCCCCAUUAUUGUUGUUAUUGGACCUGGACACUGGACGCUGGACAGGCUCUUCUCUCUUCGCGAGACCCUUUCCCCGCCGCAUAA